AUGCUGCAGGCCUGCAGGUCUGCAGGUCUACAGGCCCGUGAGAGUGAGACUGACCACCGAGAAAGACGACGACGACUGGUUGCGCUGGCCCAUCGAACAAAGCGCUUACAGAUUAACAGACACUCGCUAGGCUCAAGCUUGUCGCUAUCGCCUGUUGACCCAUUAGGGAUGCUGGCAUUGGCAUCCUGGCACGGCGAGAAUCCGACUGCCUAG